AUGGGACGUCACGUAUGGGGUGUGACUUACAACCGCGAGUACGUGAAGCAACAAGAACUUAAGUACAAGCUGAAGGAGUACCAGUUAGAGCCAGAAGAUUUAGAACGCUUGUCGUGGGAAAUGACAGAUCUUUACAAUAGUAAUCUUAUAGUAAGUCAUUAUAGUGUGUCUGUCGCUACUUUUGAGUAACAUUUUUCGUCAAUGUUAUUUCAUUUUUAGACAGAAGCAGACCGACGGUUCCGUGAUAAACUGAUAGAAGUUUUGAACGAAAAAUUAAAAAAUGUCUACCCCGGAGGGUAUUUGGCUUGUGGUGGGUCUACAGUAAGCAAUUGUGGUACGACAACGUCAGAUAUUGAUUUAUGUUAUGUACUGAAGACGUCGGAUUAUUACGGGGAAAAGGACCUGCCAAUUGUAAUGUACAAAGAGGGGAGGGUAAGUCGAGACUUUAAAGUUGGUGAACGACUGGUCAUUCUUAUUUAUGUAUUCAGUGAUCUUUUGAGAACACGUUAGCCUCAAAGAUAACAUCUUUUGUACUUGACAACUCCCUGUCAUAUUAUGAGCAUUACCGUACGUACUUAAAGGAUAGACUAUUGAAGGUGAACCACUUUAUACUAAACAGGAUAGGCGCCAUCUUAAAGGACUUGGAUGCUGUUAAAUCUAUUAAACUGGUUGACGCUACAGUACCCAUUGUAAAAAUGCAAAUCAACACAAAAUUGUUGGGAAUCAGCCAAGUUGACAAAACAAUCGAGGUAGACAUCAAUUGUAAUUGUGUCGCUGGUGUUUACAACUCUUUUUUACUCGGUGGAUUGGUCAAGUAAGUCCAUUUAAUGUAGUCACAACUGCCUGUGUCAUUAUAUAUUUAUAUAUUUAUGUCGAAAUGACUAAUAAUGUUAUUAACAAUUACUGUUAUGAGAUACAGUACCUUAAAAAUGGGUAAAGCUACAUUAAUUUUCAGUUUCGACCGGAGAUUGGCCAUUUUAUCAGUGAUUUUGAAGAAAUGGGGGAAACAGGUCAAGAUUGUCGAUGAAAAGAGGUUUAACAGGUAACAUAUCGUAAUGUUUUAAUCACUCCCUUCCCAGUUACGCUCUGGUUCUCCUUGUUGUUCAUUACCUUCAAUGUGGAGUUUAUCCUCCAGUCCUUCCCAAUCUGAUGCACCUUCUACCCGACAAGUACGGUGGUACAAUAGAGCCAAGACACUUGACAACGUCGAUAGAAGGACUUCCAGACCAUAUUUAUGAAGUCAAACGAAACGAAAUGAAUGUGGGAGAACUUCUGAUGGGCUUCUUGAAGUACUAUGCUGACUUCGAGAUGACGGCCAUGGAUGUCAGAGUCAAAACUGGGGAAGUGAUUGAAAAGUAAGUUUAGGUUAGUCUUUUCCAUCUCUGUUAUCCAUUAAUUGUUUCGUAUUUUAAUUUUCAUGAGAUCGAAAAUGCGAAAGGUUUAAUGGAUUCAUGCAACAAAACAUUACGUCCUUUCAGGAGAAACUCUCAAAUCCGAAAAGGUGAUUGGUCAGCAUUCUUCCUAGAAGAACCAUACGACGAGAUUACCGUGCCAAAGAACCUUCGCCUUUCUUUCGACCUCGACUUUAUACUCAAGCAGUUCAGGGAUAUGGCCGACUUAAUGUACAAAAACCCCACCUUAAGCACGUUAUACAGGUAAGAAGUUUACUGUUUUCGUAACACAAUGUAACCACAACGUAUAUAGUAUCGCUACUAACAUCGAAUGUUUAGUAUAACAAACCCUUCCCGAAGCAAAAAGCAACAGCUGAGGGAGCAAGAAGAAGAUGAAGACAUUUGA